UCCGUCCUCCCGGGAGGGUCCGGAGGAGCGUCCGCGCGGGGCCGAGAGCGGGCGGCGCCAAGAUGGCGGACCUGGAGGCCGUGCUGGCCGACGUGAGCUACCUGAUGGCCAUGGAGAAGAGCAAGGCCACCCCCGCCGCCCGCGCCAGCAAGAAGAUCCUCCUGCCCGAGCCCAGCAUCCGCAGCGUCAUGCAGAGAUACCUGCAGGACCGGGGAGAGAUCACGUUCGAGAAGAUCUUCUCGCAGAAGCUAGGCUACCUGUUGUUCAAGGAUUUCUGCCUAGCCCUCGGGGAUGAGGCCAAGCCCCAGGUGGAGUUCUACGAGGAGAUCAAGAAGUACGAGAAACUGGACUCGGAGGAGGAGCGCGGCACCAAGAGCAAGGAGAUCUUCGAUCUCUACAUCAUGAAGGAGCUGCUGGCCUGCUCCCACACGUUCUCCAAGAGCGCCACGGAGCACGUGCAGAGCCACCUGAUGAAGCACCAAGUGCCGCCCGAUCUGUUCCAGCCCUACAUCGAGGAGAUCUGCCAGAGCCUGCGGGGGGCCGUCUUCCAGCGGUUCAUUGAGAGUGAGAGGUUCACCCGCUUCUGCCAGUGGAAGAACGUGGAGCUGAACAUCCACCUGACCAUGAACGACUUCAGCGUCCACCGCAUCAUCGGCCGCGGCGGCUUCGGCGAAGUGUACGGCUGCCGCAAGGCCGACACGGGCAAGAUGUACGCCAUGAAGUGUCUGGACAAGAAGCGCAUCAAGAUGAAGCAAGGGGAGACGCUGGCCUUGAACGAGCGCAUCAUGUUGUCGCUCGUCAGCACCGGGGAUUGCCCCUUCAUCGUCUGCAUGUCCUACGCCUUCCAGACGCCCGACAAGCUCAGCUUCAUCCUGGACCUCAUGAACGGGGGAGACCUCCACUAUCACCUGUCCCAGCACGGCGUCUUCUCCGAGUCCGACAUGCGCUUCUACGCCGCCGAGAUCAUCCUGGGCCUGGAGCACAUGCACAACCGCUUCGUCGUCUACCGCGACCUGAAGCCGGCCAACAUCCUGCUGGACGAGUUCGGCCACGUGCGCAUCUCGGACCUGGGCCUCGCCUGUGACUUCUCCAAGAAGAAGCCCCACGCCAGCGUGGGCACCCACGGGUACAUGGCCCCGGAGGUGCUGCAGAAGGGGGUGGCCUACGACAGCAGCGCGGACUGGUUCUCCCUGGGCUGCAUGCUCUUCAAGCUGCUGCGGGGGCACAGCCCCUUCCGGCAGCACAAGACCAAGGACAAACACGAGAUUGACCGCAUGACUCUGACCACGACCGUGGAGAUGCCGGACUCGUUCUCCCCGGAGCUGAGAUCUCUGCUGGAGGGUUUGCUGCAGAGGGACGUGAACCGCAGGCUGGGCUGUCUGGGCCGGGGGGCCCAGGAGGUGAAGGAGGACCCUUUCUUCAGCACCGUCGACUGGCAGAUGGUUUUUCUACAGAAGUGCCCGCCCCCGCUGAUUCCGCCCCGCGGGGAGGUCAACGCGGCCGACGCCUUCGACAUCGGCUCCUUCGACGAGGAGGACACCAAGGGGAUCAAGUUGCUGGACAGUGACCAGGAACUCUACCGCAACUUCCCCCUCACCAUCUCGGAGCGGUGGCAGCAGGAGGUGGCCGAGACGGUCUUCGACGCGGUCAACGCCGAGACGGACCGGCUGGAAGCCCGCCGGAGGGCCAAGAACAAGCAGCCGGGCCACGAGGAGGAGUACGCCUUGGGAAAGGACUGCAUCAUGCACGGCUACAUGUCCAAGAUGGGCAACCCCUUCCUCACCCCUUGGCAGCGCAGGUAUUUCUACCUGUUCCCCAACCGGCUGGAGUGGCGGGGCGAGGGCGAGUCUCCGCAGAGUCUUCUGACCCUGGAGGAGAUCCAGGCCGUGGAGGAGACGCUGGUCAAGGAGCGCAGGUGCCUUCUGCUCAGGAUCCGAGGAGGGAAGCAGUUCGUCCUGCAGUGCGAUAGCGACCCGGAGCUGGACCAGUGGAAGAAGGAGCUGCGGGAGGCCUACCGCCAGGCCCAGCAGCUGCUGCAGCGGGUGCCCAAGAUGAAGGACAAACCGCGCUCGCCCGUGGUGGAGCUCAGCAAGAUGCCCCUGGUCCAGCGGGGCAGCGCCAACGGCCUCUGACGCCCCGCCCAGCCCCGGCCCGCCCCAGCCUUUUUGUAAACCUCUAAUUUAUUCGGUUGGAUUUUUAUUAAGUUAGCCGCGAAGCGGAAAAUGUUUUAUUUUAUAAUUAUCGUGCUCCCGUGGGCCCGGCUCCUCCCUCCCGUUGCCCACGCGGGCGCAGGGGAAGGGGAGAAGCCCCCCCGAGCCAACCGGCCUCGGCCACUGCCGUGGGGGGGAUGCCCCCAGCCCCGUGUGCCAACGCGCCCGCCCCGUGCCAAGAAGCCACUCGUUCUUUCGGCCCCGUCGGGGCAGGGGGUCUGCCGGCCCACACGCAGAGAGAUGGUUGCCGGGCCUGGACCGUCCCCUGCCCCUCUUGCCCCCGUUGUGUCCCCCCGAUCCCUGGGCCCCGCGGAGCGGACCCAGGUGGUGAGUGCCAAUCCACCCCCCGGCCAGGCCGGGCUCUCCCGGCUUGCCAAACUCGGGCGCGGCCUAGCCAGCUGUCCGA